AUGAAAGUUACGAGCACAUCUUGCAUCUGCCCAGUCCUCGUGUGUCUCUGUUUCGUGCAGAGGUGUUAUGGAACUGCUCACCACAGCUCCAUCAAGGUGACCAGAAACCAAACCAAACACAUUGAAGGGGAGACGGAAGUCCACCAUCGUCCCAAGAGGGGAUGGGUAUGGAACCAGUUCUUUGUUUUAGAAGAACAUAUGGGACCAGAUCCACAGUAUGUUGGAAAACUGCACUCCAACUCCGACAAAGGUGACGGGUCUGUCAAGUACAUCCUUACUGGGGAAGGCGCUGGGACUAUAUUUAUCAUUGACGACACGACAGGGGACAUCCACUCAACCAAAAGCCUGGACAGAGAGCAGAAAACACACUAUGUUCUUCAUGCCCAGGCCAUCGACAGAAGGACAAACAAGCCCCUUGAGCCUGAAUCCGAGUUCAUCAUCAAAGUGCAAGAUAUCAACGACAAUGCGCCCAAGUUCACAGAUGGCCCAUACAUCGUUACUGUGCCUGAAAUGUCAGAUAUGGGUACCUCUGUUCUACAGGUGACAGCUACAGAUGCAGAUGACCCCACCUAUGGAAACAGUGCUCGUGUUGUUUACAGCAUCCUUCAAGGACAACCUUAUUUCUCUGUGGAUCCUAAAACAGGAGUCAUUAGAACAGCUUUACAUAACAUGGACAGAGAAGCCAGAGAGCAUUACUCAGUGGUCAUUCAAGCCAAAGACAUGGCUGGGCAAGUUGGCGGACUUUCAGGAUCCACAACUGUCAAUAUAACCUUGACUGAUGUUAAUGACAACCCACCACGGUUCCCACAGAAACACUAUCAGCUGUAUGUUCCUGAGUCUGCUCAAGUUGGUUCAGCUGUUGGAAAAAUAAAGGCAAAUGAUGCUGACACAGGCUCAAAUGCAGAUAUGACUUAUUCUAUCACUAAUGGAGAUGGGAUGGGGAUAUUCUCUAUCUCCACAGACAAAGACACCAGAGAAGGAAUACUCUCCUUAAAGAAGCCACUGAACUAUGAAAAAAAGAAGUCUUACACACUCAACAUUGAAGGAGCAAAUACACACCUGGACUUCCGCUUUUCACACCUUGGCCCAUUUAAAGAUGCCACAAUGCUGAAGAUCAUCGUUGGGGAUGUGGAUGAACCACCACUCUUUUCUAUGCCUUCUUACAUCAUGGAAGUCUAUGAAAAUGCCAAGAUUGGAACAAUUGUUGGCACCGUCUUGGCACAAGAUCCAGACAGUGCUAACAGCUUAGUAAGGUAUUUCAUCAACCACAAUGCGGAAGAGGACAGAUUUUUCAAUAUUGAUGCCAAUACUGGAACCAUUAAGACUUCAAAAGUACUUGAUAGAGAAGAAACGCCAUGGUACAAUAUCACAGUGACUGCAUCGGAGAACGACAAUCCUGAUUUGCUGAGCCAUGUCUCUGUGGGCAUUAGAGUUCUCGAUGUCAAUGACAACCCACCCGAACUUGCCAGGGAAUAUGAUAUUGUUGUCUGUGAGAAUUCUAAGCCUGGUCAGGUUAUUCACACCAUCGCUGCCACUGAUAAAGAUGACUCUGCCAAUGGACCAAGGUUUAGUUUCUUCCUUGAUGAACGCCUGCCCAUGAACCCAAACUUCACACUCAAGGACAAUGAAGAUAACACAGCCAGCAUUCUGACAAGGCGGAGGAGAUUUAGUCGAACUAUGCAGGAUGUGUAUUAUCUGCCCAUUAUGAUCUCUGAUGGUGGAAUCCCCUCUCUCAGCAGCAGCAGCACCCUCACCAUCAGGGUUUGUGCAUGCGAGAGAGACGGGCGUGUGCGGACCUGCCAUGCAGAAGCCUUCCUGUCCUCCGCUGGUUUGAGCACAGGAGCUCUAAUCGCUAUUCUUCUCUGUGUUGUCAUUCUCCUUGCCAUUGUAGUCCUUUUCAUCACUCUGAGGCGCAGCAAAAAAGAGCCCUUGAUCAUUUCAGAGGAGGAUGUGCGGGAGAAUGUGGUCACCUACGAUGAUGAGGGAGGUGGGGAAGAAGACACUGAGGCCUUUGACAUCACAGCUUUGAGGAAUCCUUCCGCUGCAGAGGAGUUCAAAUACCGCAGAGACAUUCGGCCUGAAGUGAAGCUCAAUCCUAGACACCAGACAUUGUCCACUCUGGAGAGUAUAGAUGUUCAGGAGUUUAUUAAGCAAAGACUGGCAGAGGCAGACCUCGAUCCCAGUGUGCCCCCUUAUGACUCUCUUCAGACUUAUGCCUAUGAGGGUCAGAGGUCAGAAGCUGGGUCUAUCAGCUCUCUGGACUCGGCUACCACGCAAUCAGACCAGGAUUAUCACUACCUUGGUGACUGGGGGCCGGAGUUUAAAAAGUUAGCGGAACUCUAUGGAGAGAUGGAAACUGAAAGAACAACUUAG